AUGGCAAAAAAAAGUAAGAAAAAACCAGAAAGUUACAGUGAUCUUUCAUCGGAUUACUUUUCGGAAGAUGAUUGGGUGGUAAUAAGACACGGUACAGCCACUAAGAACGAUUUGGUAUUCAAAAAUAUUGUACACGAUAUUCUAUUCCGUGAAAAUGUAUUCAGUAUGCAAGUGAAUGCUAUUGAAGCAUUACAAGAAGCCGCUGAAGGUUACAUCGUAGAACUAUUUCAUGAUGCUGUCACAUGUGCUAUCCAUGGUGGUACGACUGUCUUACUAGAAGAUUUGAUUUUAGCACUGCGUUUUCGGCAUUAA